CUGUCUGGUUAUUUUUCGCAUAAAAGGCUACGGAUUACGUAAUUUAUGUUAUUCCUCGUCAUAACUUUAACACCUAUCGUAUCAUGUAUGACAAGAGCUAGUCUACGUACAUUCGAAGGCGUCUCGGAUUCGGGUCAUUUAGAGUUGUUGUCUACACCGAAAAGUUAUUCUGUUUGUAGGUGUGUGCAUACCUACAAACUGCUCCAGGUUAUGCGAAGAGGCUUAUUAAAGUAUGUCAUAUCGCGGCGCAUGGGACGGCGGGCCGCCUGGCGCCGAGGCGGAGUAUGCGCCGCCCUACGCAGGGGGCGCCGCCCCGCCGCCUCCGCCCGUCAUGCCCACCACGGACCCCUGGACGGGCGUCAGCUACAGUCAGUAUGGACCUCCUCCCUCCUAUGACUAUCAGAACUACGGCGCUGCCAACUACAACUACAAUUACGACGCUAACUACUACCAGCGCCCGCCUGAGAACUACUAUCAGAAAUAUCCUGAGACGAGAGAAGCAUACUCCUCCCGGGAUGGUUAUGACAAUACGCCCAGACCAUCUACCCGGCCAAGGUCUCCUGCAGAAAUAACUGUACUAAGAAGACGUAGAUCAUACUCCAGAAGUGUUAGUCCUUUUGAAAAGAAAGAUAGAGCAUAUUCAAGAAAAAGAGAUAGCUAUGAUGAGGGCCGGAAGACAAGAUCUCGCAGUAGGUCAAGUCGACUUAAGAGAGGAAAGUAUUCUUCCAGUGACCGCUCCAGCUCUAGGUCCUCGUCUAGAUUGUCUCGUAAAAAGGUAAAGGGUAGGAGGACCUCUUCUGACUCAUCUGGGUCAAAUGACUCAUUUAAAAAACGAGUAGCUAGAAAAAGUAAAACUCGAGAACAUUCUUACACUCCGCCUCUGAAGAAAUCUUCAUCACAUUCUAGAAAUAGAUCUAUGUCUAAACGCUCACCAAGUAAAGAUCAUUCUUCCAGUAAGUCACCUAGGCUAAGGCAUGAUAAGGAAAAAGAUGUUAAAGGAAAAGGCAAAUUGCUUCCCAGUAAGGACAAAGCCAAGAAAAUUAGAGAUGUUAUAACUCCUCCAAGAAAAAUAAAAGAGGAACCUAAGACCCCCCCGCCAAGGCAAAAGCAGUCGUCAAUAACUCCACCUAGGAGCUAUCAAGUUAUCAAAAAGGAGCGAUCAACAACACCACCUAAGAAAAAGCGCCCAACUACACCAGUCCGGAAAAAUAGAGACAGCUCUCUAACACCGCCUAAAAGUUAUGCUAGAAGCCAGUCCUCUUCCAGCUCUGGGUCGGGUUCUCGGUCACCGACACCAAAGCCUAAAAGCAAACGCAAUCGCCGCUCGAGAUCGUCUUCCAGGUCGUCGCGGUCAAGGUCGAGGUCGAAGCGGCGCAGGUCCGAGCAUAGGUCCCGGACGAAAAGUCGCUCCAAACGGCGAUCAGUUAGCAAAAGCAGCCGCUCGAAACGACGAUCAGUAAGCAAGAACAGCCGGUCUAAACGGCGCUCCGUAAGCAAGAGCAGUCACUCUCGAAGUCGUUCUAAGUCCAGGGGAAGACGCAGCAGGAGUCAAUCGUCAAAGUCACGCUCACGCUCUAGCCGAAGCCAUAGCGGAACACCGAGCGAAGAACGUCGAGGGCAAUUCACUGUUGCUGACCGUAAGCGGUUCUGGAAGCUUCAUCGCAGUAGGCAAGAAGAAAAAAGAAAGGAAAAACCAGAAUCUCCGCCUAAAGAGGUUAAACCGCCUCCAGGGGCUGUUGAACCAGCUCAAGUUGACGAUAUAGAAUAUGGUGAUCCACCUGAGGUUGAAGGGCCAAACUUUGCUGAACUUUUACCUGCUUGCCCAGCUGAUCUUCAGCAACCAUCGUCCUCUAAAUCCAAGCCGGGCCCGAUACCAAUUAAAAACGAUGGCAGCUUUUUGGAAAUGUUCAAAAAGAUGCAAGAGGAAACUAAGAAAAUUGAGGAGAAGAAACCGGAAAUUAAAAAACCGGUUUUACCGUUCAUUGGGAAGAGGCGCGGAGGGCGCGUGCUUAAGACUGGUCUAGUAAAAAAAGCAAAGGCUAUUGAAGAACAACUUGCGGAUAACGCUCCUAAGGAUGCUUGGUCCCUUUACAUGCAGGAGGUUAAAAAAUACAGAGAAACAUCGUGUGAGGAGGAACGCAAAACGCGACCUUUGGUCAAAUAAUGUAGCUACUAAUAUAAAUUUAAUGUUGUCUGUCUAGUAUACUUAGUCUUUCUUUAAUAAAGUUAGUUUAUGUUAAAGUACUUUUAAUCAUACUCGCUUUUUGGGUGACUAGUGCAAAAUCUCGUAUGGUUGAAAUUUAUUGAGAUGAACAUAAAAUAGUACAUUACGAUACAAGUGCGAAAAAUAGGAAAUUCAAAACGAGUGGUGAUAAAUUAAAACACGACCGAAGAGAGUGUUUUAAAUCGACACGAGUUGCGAAUUACCUAUUCGCACAUGUAUUGUACAACGUUUUACAGUACAUAUGGCCCUUUAAAUGUUUGACACAGUAACGUCAUAUGCUAAUUUGCGCACUAGUGCGGUAAAGUAGCACCAUAUGUACUGUAAAUUUAAAUUACAGCUUGCAUCUUCUUGCCUAGACAGUAAGGUCUAUGAGUAUCAUGUAUUGAGACAAUUUUAUUGUUACCUGAGAUCUGACAUAUGUACAUACAUGUAAGCAAUUAAAAUUAAAUAAAUUGUCAAAAAAUUUCAACCACGCAUACGAUGAAACUUGCAUUUCUCGAGUAUACAAAAGUUUGUACCAUUAGGAUUGAAUGUUUUGAAUUAUUGUUGUUGUACUGGACUCUAAUAAGAAAGUAAGUUGUAAUACAAUUCUAAUAUAAUAAAUAAUAAUUUUUAUAUGACUAUACAAGGUGGCCAAAAAAUAUGUGCAUUCCUGUUGCCAGGGAGGUUUUGGGAUUAUACUGAGCAACUUUUACUAUGGGACCAACCCCGAAAUUGCGAAAAAAAAUUCUGGCUUUUUCAUACAUAUUAGUUGGUUCAUUUUCUAUGGGAGGGUGAACAUGUUUUUCGCAAUUUCGUGGUUGGUCCCAUAGUAAAAGUUGCUCAGUAUAAUCCUAAAACCACCCUGGAAUGCACAUAUUUUUUGGCCACCUUGUAUAUUAUUUCAUGGAUAAACUGACCCAUCUAAAAACAUUAACACAUUUUGUAAUUAACUUUGAUGGUACAAACUAUAAAGAUUUUUUUAAUUUAAUAAGAAAUUAGCUCAGACUGGAAUAAUUACAGUAUUGUCUUGCUCUAAAAAUAUAGCAAUAACUAUUAGACUCGUCUUAUGUACGAGUUUAAGUACAUUUUCCGCAAAGGAAAUAAUUUUACUUCAACUUGUACAGUCAGCGUCAAAUACUUCGUAGCAGUCAAAGUGGCCAAAUAGUUCGGUACACCAUACUAAAUAUAUGGUGUACCGAACUAUUUGGCAACUUUGACUGCUACAAAGUAUUUGACGCUGACUGUACCUAUAACCUACGGAAGCACGAAUUUCUUCAUCUAUAAGUAUUGUAUGUUGUAAUUAGGAAAAUAUAUGUAAAAGAAUGCGAGUGUACAUUUUUAUAAAACCUGAGUGAAUUAGGUAAUCAAUGUAAUCAUAAUUAGACUAAGCUCGAGAACGAUUAUAAAAGAAAUUAGAUGAGAACAAAAAAAACUGAUGUGACACAUAGGAAACCCUUUCACCGCCAAGAACGCUUUAAGUCGUGAUGCAGCAAGCAAAUAAAACUUAAGUAACUGUCAUAAUUAACCACCUUUUCAAGUUAGAAUACGACUUCUAGUAAAGAUGCUGGCGUUCGUUUCACUUUAAGGUGAUGAUUGGCGUUAGAAGGGUUGAAAUAUUUUUCCUCUCGAAUGAUUCUAAUGCUGUCUUUGUUUUAUUAUUAUUACUUAUCGUUUUUUGUUAUGAAUUCUAAAUUUAUUUACUUCAUGUUUUAAGUUAAUCAUAACGGCUCCGUCAACCGAAUGCUAUGCUCAAGUCUACUGAUGGCACGAAUGAAAAUGUAGACCGAAAUCAAACUUAAUAUGUUUGAACUCAUCAGAUUAAAAUAUUCGCUAAUUAACUGCCGUUGCCGCAUGUUAACGGCUAGUUAAGUCCUUAAUUAUUUGAUAGUUCUAACACCUAGCGUGAUACAGCGUGUAUCAUAAACAAAAUAUACUACACGGACUUUGGAACGAGGUGAAAGUAUGUUGUUUAUGAAUGCAUAUAUUCAUGUUUAAUAUGGCUUUACCGCUGCAAGAGUUACCUAAUUAGCUUAUUAAAGUCAUUAAUAAUGUUAGGGGUUGGCCGACUCGCGAGUUGUUACUAAUAUUUACAGCUAUUGAAUUUCCUGUAAACAUUUCGGUGUAGACUUAAGAGCUCUUUCCCAUUGACGUCCAGUUUUUGCGGGUACGGUUGUCUGUAAGAUCUGAGGGCACGGGAGUGCCCCGCCAAGACGAGCAAGGCGAAGCGCAAGGGCACUACCUACCUUUUGAAGCCUCAUAACUGGUUUGGUUGGAUUAUACCAGAUAAAUAAAAUUCUUGGGAUAUAAUGUCAAUAGUCGACUUCUAAAGCAUACAAAAAAAAUUCAAUUGCAUGUUCUUACAAUUAAGAUUUUAUUCAUAUUUCAAAAAAAAACGAUUUCGUCACUGACUCACGGAUAAUCAUCAAAACCCUUAGAGAACUUCCUGAAGUCCUAGGAAGCUGAAAUUUGGUAUGUAGGAUAGUAUAAGUACAUAAACAACAAAAAAUUCAAAAACUUGAAAUUUUUAGCCCUAAGGGGUGGAAUUUUGUAUUCAUUAUUUUACAAUACUUCUUGUAGUAAUGUAACGGCCAAGCCAUAUAUUUUGACUAAUAGGGCUUUAGAAGCUUUGGCUCUACAAGAGAUUUGAUGACUUUUUGUCAGUGCGAGCCUUAUGGUUUCGUCUUGGCAACAUUUUACAUUAAAAUGUUUUUCAUGGAGUACAGUUUUCUGUAGCAUGCGUGCAGUGGGAUAAUACAAACAGACUACCUACUAAAACCAGCGGGAAACAGCUCUUACCUAUUGAAGAAUAAUACAGUCUUGUUUAAUCGCUUUAUUCAAAGUGCUCCAUUACACCAUCAGUUUUUAUUCGUGCCUUUAGGUGCAUUCAAUCACAAGUAAGCCAGGGCGAUUGCACUAUACUCUAAAAAUAAGUGAGUCUAGUGCUAGAGCCACUUUUAUUAAGAGCUCAUUUUCGCUAGUAAUGAGAAUUCACCAAUGGCAUAAGUGGCUCUAGUUCUAGACUCACUUAUUGUAUUUUAGAGUUGUUGCAAUUACCCUGGCUGACCUUAACUAAGUAUUUGGAUUGGAAUAACCGUAGCCUUCUCUAAGAAUAGUGUUAAGAUUUUUUUAUUUAACAUCAGCAGUGUAACGUGCGUUAUUUUAUGUACCAUAUUUAUCUCUAUAGCUGGUUAUUUUAUACUGUUAAACAUGACUAUAAUAAAGGAUUGUGAAGAUA